AUGGCAGAAACCGCAAUAACUUGGACUACCCUUAGGGGUCUCCCGAAGAUCGCCGAAGGAAAAGUCCGCGACUUAUAUGAAGUUGACUCAAAGACCCUCUUGUUCGUCGCAUCGGAUCGCAUCUCAGCCUACGACGUAAUCAUGGAAAACGGUAUCCCUUCUAAAGGUCCCCUCUUGAAUUUGCUCUCUACACACUGGUUCCGCAUCCUCUCCAGCCUAAUCCCUGACCUGCGCACGCAUUUUAUCACCCUCGACCUACCUUCCUCAAUCCCCGAAGCUGAUCGUCCGCAAAUGAAGAACCGCUCAAUGCAAGUCCGCCGACUCAAGAUCUUCCCCAUCGAAGCCAUUGUCCGAGGCUACAUCACCGGUUCCGCGUGGAAAGAGUACCAGAGCACCGGCACUGUCCACGGCAUACCGAUCGCGCCUGGGCUGAAAGAAUGCGAGAUUUUCCCUCAAGGUGCCAUCUACACACCCAGCACCAAAGCCGAGGCGGGAAAAAACGACGAGAACAUCUCCGUUGCCCAAGCCGCGGAAAUAGUCGGGCCGAAAUACGCCGAGAGGAUCGAGGAAUUGGCCCUUAAGCUCUACACGACUGCCAGAGAUUACGCCCGAGCCCGGGGUAUCAUCAUUGCGGAUACGAAGUUCGAAUUCGGACUGGAUGAGGAGACGGAUGAGAUUGUGCUUGUGGACGAAGUCUUGACUCCGGAUUCGAGUCGGUUCUGGCCAGCGGAUAAGUAUGCGGUUGGUCGCGAUCAAGACUCGUACGACAAGCAAUACUUGAGAAACUGGCUCACCACUCACGGACUAAAGGGGAAGCCGAGCGUAGUGAUGCCGGAGGAUAUCGUCAAGAACACCGCCGAUAAAUACCGAGAAGCGUUUGAGAAAUUGACUGGGAAGAAGUGGUUAGAAGCUAUUGAGUAG